CCCACGCACGCACGUACGGCGUGACGUCACAUCGCUCGAAUCACAACUUCUUGUGUGAUCUUCGCCGAGCUGAAACACGAAGAAAGCGGUCGUUACAGGCAGAACUAAAGCUUUGUUUUCGCGACAGUGGGGUCCGUGGGGACACCGCGGACGUCGACCGGCGUCGCGAUCAGGCCGGAUGGGAGCAGAAGCUCCUCUUUUCUCCCGAACACAGGAAGCAACAGGAGGUUGAGAGCCGGGACGGACACGAUCAUGAGCCGUGGGGCCGCGGAGGAUCGCCCCCCCAGCUAGAUAAACAAACGACAGGACGCGAAGAGGACGGACGCAAACACAUUUCGAAAGUACAUGGAUAGCUGGGGCUGACCAGGACCGUGAAGCACCCCACGGACGUCGCAUGGCGUCCACUCAAGCCCGGCUGGGCCAGCAGGCCCUGGCGGUGCUAGACGUGGCUCUACGAGUUCCUUGUAUUUUUAUCAUCGACUCGAUUUUUAACUCGUACAGCGACCCUGGACUGGGAUGGCCCGGCACGAUGGGAAAAGUGUUGAUCAGAGUUAUGGGUGUCGUCAUCUCCAUCGUGGUUCUACUUCUCUCCCAGAAAGCUCUCUUCAGGUUUUAUACCCUCUUCUUUGCCGUCGUCCUCGCCGCGGUGGCCGUCCUCAUAAACUACCACGUCACCUCACACAUAGACUUCUACAACACGUACUACAAAACGGCGCUGGGGUUUCGGCUGUUCCCCAAAAACGGGCCGACGCUGUGGAUGGGCAUGGCGGCGGUGCAGCUCCUGUUCAGCGUCGGCUACGUCUUCCUGCUCGACCUCCAGUCUGUGUUUGCUGCUCUGGUCGUGUUGGACGUCAUGAUCCCUCUGUGGGCCAUGAUGCUGGAGCUGCCCGCAGACGCCAGGCAGCUGGUGGCCGUCUUCUCCGGCCUGGCGCUGGCCCUCAACACGGGGGUCUGUCUGGCCAUGAGGCUGAAGUGGUUCUACUACUCGUGUCGGUACGUCUACCUGCUGGUACGACACAUGUACCGGAUUUACGGACUCCAACUGCUGCUAGAGGACACGUGGAAAAGGAUCCGCUUCCCCGACGUCCUCCGGGUGUUCUGGCUGACCCGGAUCACUACCCAGGCUCUGAUUCUGGUCUAUGUGGUGCGAGCAGUAAGAGAAGAGAGCGGGGAUGCCACGGGGGGGGCCGCAGACGGCAGCUCUGAUCCACAGGGUUACCUGUUGAGCUGGGAUGUUUUCUGGGAUCUGACCAGCAACCUGAUCAUCUCUGGUUGUGAUUCCACGCUCACCGUGUUGGGAAUGAGCGCCGUCAUCUCCUCGGUGGCGCAUUACCUGGGCCUCAGCAUCCUGGCUUUUAUAGGUUCAACUGAGGAAGAGGAUAAGCGUUUAGGCUUCGUGGCACCUGUUCUGUUCUUCAUCCUGGCCCUGCAGACGGGCCUCAGCAGCCUGAAUCCAGAGGAGCGUCUGGUGCGCCUGAGCCGGAACAUGUGCCUUCUGCUGACUGCCAUUCUGCACUUUAUUCACGGCAUGACCGACCCCGUCCUGAUGUCGCUCAGCGCCUCCCACGUGUCGUCCUUUCGGCGCCAUUUCCCCGUUCUGGUGGUGUCGCUGGCGCUCUUCGUGCUCCCCGUGGCGCUCAGCUACACCCUCUGGCACAACAACGUCCUCAACACUUGGCUCUUCGCCGUCACUGCCUUCUGUGUCGAGCUCUGCCUCAAGGUGCUGGUGUCCCUGACGGUCUAUGGCCUCUUCAUGGCUGAUGGAUUCUCCAACGUCCUGUGGGAAAAGCUGGACGACUACGUCUACUACGUGCGCUCCACCGGCAACAUCAUCGAGUUCCUGUUCGGCGUCAUCAUGUUCGGAAACGGCGCCUACACCAUGAUGUUCGAGGCGGGCAGCAAGAUCCGCGCCUGCAUGAUGUGCCUGCACGCCUACUUCAACAUCUACCUGCAGGCCAAGAACGGCUGGAAGACCUUCAUCAACCGCCGCACCGCCGUCAAGAAGAUCAACUCGCUGCCGGAGCUGCGCGGCUAUCAACUGAUGGACAUCGAGGACGUGUGCGCCAUCUGUUACCAGGAGUUUGUGAGCUCGGCGCGCAUCACGCCGUGCCACCACUACUUCCACGCGCUGUGCCUGAGGAAGUGGCUGUACAUCCAGGACACGUGUCCCAUGUGCCACCAGAGGGUCUACGUGGAGGACGAGGGCCGGGACAGAGCUGCCUUUUCCAACAACAACGGGGGCUACGCGGCGCCGCAGGACGCCGCCGCCGCCGCAGGCCCACCUGCAGCAGGGGCGAACCAGCAGGAACAGCCGUUGGGCGAGCUGCUGGCCAACGGAGCGGCCGGCGGGAUUCACGUGGCCAGAGGGGCGGAGCAGCUGGACAACGAGCUGCUGGAGGACAACGACAGCAUAGAGUACGACGAAGAAGAGUGGGGCACGCAGAACGGACGGACACCAAUAGAAGAAGACUAUAUCAACGACGACACAGACUCCACAGAGGAGUGACAGAAAAACCAAUGUAUAUCUUUAUUAAAGUUAAUUUAAAUAAUAUCAAAGCAACUUUAGCAUCUUAAUUUGUUCUACAGAAAUGUCAGGGAUCUCACUAUUUGUCUACAUUGUUUUAUUUUGUUAUUAUUUACUCUAAUAAGGGCUUGAGGAAAGAGUAAAAGCUGCUCCUGUUCUGCGUGUGUGUGGCGCCUGCAUGAUCCAGACCAAAAAUGUAUAGAUUUUUUUUUUCAUAGAUUCAAAAAAACGGUUUAAGAGUAUUAAAAACAAAAUAGCAUGGCUUGAUCGUCAUCACCUGUAAUAUUAAGCUCCUGAGUCACUUAAAAUAUCAGUUUUUGGAGCAAUUUCGGUUUUUAAAGUGGGGAAGAAAGCCUUUUAGUCUGAAGAAAAGAAGGGUUUGUUUUCCAUACAGCCCUACAAGGUGUGUGUGUGUGUGUGCGUGCGCAUGUGUGUGUACCAGGGCAGCAUCUUAGAGAUGCUGUUCCUCGUCGUCUUGGAGGGAAAAUGCUGGAGCGUUUAAAAGGCACGACUGUUGAGGGACUAAACAAAUUCAAACUUCCAGUCUGUGAGGUUACUUUGCCAAAAAAAAACAACCAUCUUCAUCUGCUUUGGUCGUCUCGGUGACUUUAAAUGAUCUCAAAGUCGGCUGGAAGGCUGUCGGCUAACAGAUGGAGGGGAUCUUUUGACAUUUCCAGCAUUUUCGUCCUUUAAACGUCGAUAAUUUAUAAUUGUGUCCAGACAGAAGCUGUUUUCUAUUGACUCUUAACCAACUGAAGAAAAACCAGUGUUUUAAAGAGUAACUUUCUGCUGUAAUCACUGAAAUACCUCGGUUAGUUUUACUACUGGUCUGUUCGGCGACCUUGCUUAACAUCUUGUGUACGUUAUUGUACAUGCAACAAAAAAAAUGUGCAAUUUUUGUUUUCUCUUUUCAUAUUUCUUUGGAGAAUGAAAAAUCUGUUUGUUUUUUCUCAGAAAGUAUUUUAAGACUUCAGUUUAAAAAAAAAAUGGUUUGCUUGUGAAACAAAUGCAAUACAAACCAGCUGCCCAAACAAGAUUUAAUUAUCAAAACUUAGUUUUUUGAUAAAAUAAAUAAGUUGAACUUCACCAGCUAUUCUUGCAUUACUCAGUAAGUAUUGAUUAUUCGGUCUGUCAGAUGACUGGCAGUUUUUGUCUCAGGGCCCUGCAGCAGGAAUACAAGAAUAGUUGAAAUGAAAAGAAAAAAAACGGCUUUGGAAAUCAUUUUUAUUUGCAAAAAUGUUUUGAUUUAUUUUCUAUUUUUUUGAGCUUAUUCUUUCCAGAUGUGAUUAAUUGUCUGUUAAUUCUAACUACUGAGUCAAAUCAAAGCCCUUUAUGAUUUAGAAGUGAUGCUUUUGCCUGCUGAAAAAAAACACUAGCAACUACAAAUGGUGGAUUUAAUUUUAUUUUUUGUUAUAAAGAAAUGCUUAGCACAACUUUUGAGUAUUAUGUCAAGGUUUCCACCAUUAAAACAUGUGAGGAUUUCCCCAUAAAUUAAUUGCUGUUAUUUUUUGUUGUUGUUGCAUAAAAUAAGGUUUAAGAAAUCUGAGAGUGUCUGAGUUAAAUGAAUUUGGAAAGCUGUGUUUUGUGACAUGCUUCAGCUAUGAAGGACAUUCAUGUUUAGUUUGUUCUGAAAGAGCUACUUCAUUUGCCUUUUGUUUUAAAAAGAGAUUUAUGUAAAUAAAAUAUUUGAUAUUA